AUGCUCGACAUCUCAAACAACGUCAACCACGGUCCCACUGGGCCCUCCUUCGCCUUUUUCAUGGCCGUCGAAAACGUACUCGGCUACGCUGCUGGCAUCCUCCAUCGCCGCCUCUCAUUUGCGGUGGCAACCGACGCGUGCACACACCAAGGCGUGCUUCAACAUGUGAUUUCUUAUGAGUGUUUUUAUAGGCUCUCUCUCUCUCUCUCAAGGGACGCGAUGAUGGCGAGCAUGUUGAGCUGCCAGAAAUUGAGGAGGCUCCGGAGGGAUGCCGGCUAUUCUGCGGUGGUGCUGCUGCUAUCCUGUUCGGUGCGGUAUGAAUUUAAGAAUUUGAUAGAAAAAAAGGAAGAAGAUGGAAGUUUAUUUGACGGCUAUGAAGAUGGCGAAGGAGGGCCCAAGUGA